AUGGACGCGUUGGACGUUGCUCGGCUGAAGAAGGGCGAGGUGGACCUCGGCACCUCGAUUAUGGCGGUCGCAUUUGACGGCGGUGUCGUGAUCGGCGCCGACUCGCGCACCACCAUGGGCUCCUAUAUUGCAAACCGCGUCACGGACAAGCUGACGCACCUUGCGGACCGCAUCUACUGCUGCCGCUCGGGUUCGGCGGCGGAUACGCAGGCACUUGCGGACAUCGUCACCUACCACCUGCAGCUCUACUCGGUGACGCAAGAGGCUCAGCCGCCGACGGACGUCGCCGCGAACCUCUUCCAGGAACUCAUAUACCAGAACAAGGACCGCCUCAGCGCGGGUAUCAUUGUUGCUGGAUGGGACAAGCAGAAGGGGGGACGCGUGUUCAACGUCCCGCUCGGCGGCGGCGUGUUUGAGCAGCCGUGGGCGAUCGGCGGCUCGGGCUCGACGUACAUCUACGGAUACUGCGAUGCGACCUGGAAAGAGGGCUGGAAUAAGGACCAGACGCUCGAGUUUGUGCAGAACGCGCUGAGCCUCGCCAUGCGCCGCGACGGAUCCUCUGGCGGCACGAUUCGCAUGGCCGUCAUCACCGAAGAGGGCGUCGAACGCCACUUUAUUCCGGGUAACAAGCUCCCGGUGCUCGCGGCAAAGGACGUAUAG